AUGUUGGAUAAAUUGGGGGGUGUUUACGCUCCCCGGCCGUCUGCCGGUCCUCACAAAUUACGAGAAUCACUUCCAUUAGUUAUAUUUUUAAGAAAUCGUUUAAAAUAUGCUUUGACGAAUUGUGAAGUUAAAAAAAUUGUUAUGCAAAGAUUAAUUAAAGUCGAUGGGAAAAUUCGUACGGAUCCAAAUUACCCGGCUGGGUUUAUGGACGUUAUUUCCAUCGAAAAGAUAAAUGAACUUUUUCGCCUUAUUUACGAUGUUAAGGGAAGAUUCACCAUUCAUAGAAUCACCCCCGAUGAAGCUACAUACAAGUUGUGUAAAGUAAAAAAAGUCCAAACUGGGCCCAAAGGAGUACCAUUUUUGGUAACUCACGAUGGAAGAACCAUUAGAUAUCCAGAUCCUUUAAUUAAAGUUAAUGAUACGAUUCAAUUGGAAAUUGCAACAUCUAAAAUUUUGGAUUUUAUCAAGUUUGAAUCUGGCAAUUUAUGCAUGAUCACUGGGGGUCGUAACUUGGGACGUGUAGGCACAGUGGUCAACAGAGAAAGACAUCCUGGUUCGUUUGAUAUUGUUCACAUCAAAGACACUCAAGGUCAUACCUUUGCCACAAGAUUGAACAACGUUUUCAUCAUCGGAAAAGGAUCAAAGGCAUACGUUUCAUUACCCCGUGGUAAAGGUGUUAAAUUAUCCGUGGCGGAAGAAAGAGACAAAAGGUUGGCGGCAAAAGCAGCUUCCGGCUAA